AUGGCCAAAGACUCUGUCAAAGAUGCUUCCAAAAAGCGUAAGCGCGAUGGCUCGAAAUCCCCAUCGCCACUAGCCGACCCAACCUCAUCGAAAGUAACCAAGUCGAAAUCCGACAAGAAGGAAAAGAAGGACAAGUCGGAGAAGAAAGAGAAGAAGGAUAAAUCGGAGAAGAAGGAGAAGAAGGAAAAGAAGGAGAAGGCCAAGAAGGAGAAGAGCGAGGAUGUUGAGGCGGAUACUUCGAUGGCUGAUGUUGAUGCCGAUGCUGCAGUUGAGGAUGUCAAGAUGGAGGUUGAUGUAGAAGGGGACUCGACGGUUCCUUCGGCGGCUCUGGUGGCCUUUGCGAAGCCAUUGGCCGAGGGGAAGCUAUCGAAGAAGGUGCUAAAGACUACAAAGAAGGCUGCCAAAACAAAGGCCCUCAAGCGCGGCGUUAAGGAAGUCGUCAAGGCCCUCCGCAAAUCUCCAAACUACUCGACGGCUUCUAAGCCUGACCCCAAGACCCUGCCACUCCUCAUCCUUGCUGCAGAUAUUUCUCCUCCCGAUGUCAUCUCCCAUCUACCAGUCCUUGCUGAAGACCAUGGAAUCCCUUACAUCUUUGUCACCAGUCGUGCAGAACUCGGUGCUGCCGGAGCAACAAAGAGACCGACUAGUGUAGUCAUGAUUACUCCUGAAAGUGCCGGGAAGAAGAAGUCGAAGAAGGAAAAGAAGGGCGAAGAUGGUGAGAAGGAUAAGGGACUAGACAAGAUCAAGGAGGAUGAAGAAGAGUUCAGGAGUAGCUACAAGGAUUUGAUCAAGGAAGUUGUCGGAAUUACAAAGGCCUUAGAAGUUUAA